UGGUAUCGAGUGCGCGCACGUUGACACUGUGAGUGACUGAGCGGCUGCAAGGGUUAGAGUCAGACGGAUCGAGAGCGGGAGAGGGAGACGAUGCAGAUCACGCUGAAGACCCUCCAGCAGCAAACCUUUCGCAUAGACAUCGACUCUGAACAGACGGUAAAGGCACUCAAAGAGAAAAUUGAAGCAGAGAAGGGAAGUGAUGCUUUCCCAGCUGCUGGGCAAAAGCUAAUAUAUGCAGGUAAAAUCCUCAAUGAUGACACUCAACUAAAAGAUUACAAAAUUGAUGAGAAGAACUUCGUAGUGGUUAUGGUAACAAAGCCCAAAGCUGCUGCACCUACACCGUCAACACAACCUGCUCCAGUACCUGCUUCAGUGAGUACCACAGCAGCUGCCUCCACCUCGACGGCAACUUCAGCUUCAACAACUUCAAGUUCCUUUCCAACCUUAAUUACAGAUUCAAUAUUUCCUUCAAAUCAGGCUUCCACCCCUAACACAGCUCCAACCGCAGCCCCUGCCUCUCCACCAGCUGUAGUUCCAGCAUCUGAUCCCAGUAGUACAGUCGCAGAGGAAAGGCCAAAGGAGGAGGAAACAAAAGAAGAUACCAGUGCUGCUUCACAAGGACCAAAUCCAAGAUCGGCGGCUGAAGAAAUUGACUUGAAUCUGGUAGAAACUGCAUCUUCUACGUUAGUUACAGGACAAGCUUAUGAAAACCUGGUGGCGGAGAUCAUGUCAAUGGGCUAUGAGCGAGAGCAAGUUCUUGCAGCACUACGAGCAAGCUUUAACAACCCAGACAGAGCUGUGGAGUAUCUUCUGACAGGAAUCCCAGCAGAACCAGAAGCCCCAGAAGAGCCACAACCACGAGUCACAACACAGCCACCAUCACAGCCAUCAACGCAGUCUACACCAGCCAGUAAUCCACUGGAAUUUCUGCGAACUCAACCCCAGUUUCAGCAGAUGCGUCAGAUAAUACAACAGAACCCGGCAUUACUGCCAGCCCUCCUCCAGCAACUCGGUAGAGACAACCCAACACUCCUACAGCAAAUAACUCAACACCAGGAGCAGUUUGUUCAAAUGCUGAAUGAUCCUUUGGGAGAGGCUGGAAGUGAAGGAGCAGAAGGUCAUGGGUCACCGCACACUAACUACAUCCAGGUUACACCCCAGGAGAAGGAAGCAAUAGAGAGGUUAAAGGCACUGGGUUUCCCUGAGGGACUUGUCAUUCAGGCCUACUUCGCCUGUGAGAAGAACGAAAAUCUUGCUGCAAACUUCCUUCUCCAGCAGAACUUCGAUGAUGAAUGAUUUUUCUUUCCCCCCUUUCUUUCUUCCCUCCCUCCCUUCCUGCCCAAACCAUCCCACUCCCACCCCCCCUCCAUUCUUUUUAACAAAACUUGGUUCACUUUCUAUGUAAUUGGAUGGUCUUUGGAAAGGCUAGGUAAAGUAUGGGUUACCUGGCUGUAUCAAUAUUGUGAAGUGCAGCACUGGAAAGCACAUAUUUAAACAAUCAAAUGCCAUAUCCCAUUGGUCAGUCUAUAAAAGGUGACAUUUGACAACUUGUGAUGACUAGCCAGUGGUUGGGAGGAUAUUGGUGAUGUGUGGGAGAUGAGCCUGUAUUCAAAAAAGUUUAUGCCGUGUGCACCAAAAAUUUUCUAGUCCCCAGAUCUUGGAGCAAACAAUUGUGCAUUUGUGCCUUUUAUGAAUAUGGGCCUGGACAUUGUGGGGAGGCGGGGGGAGAGACCGAAGGUCAAAGUGCUUCUGCAGCGUAAUGUUUCAGACUUGCCUACAAUCAGUAUUUUCAGUAGUUUUUUUUUCUGUUUCCGGUGGGGUGAAAGAGGGGCUGGUGGAAAGAAAUGUACAAUCAUUUGAAUAGUAAUAGCAGAUAUGAGAUUGCCAUUCUGGAAUGAAGCUGGCAUCUGAUGUAAUGUCCAAGAAGAUAUUGCUUGAUUUCUCUGCUGACUACUGGAAAUACGACCAUAGCCAUAGUCAGGCAGCAAAAUAUUUUAUUUUAAAUAAAAACUUAAGUUCCUGUGUUGAAAACUGCUGUAUUAAAAAAAAAUGCCGCUGUCUUGCAUUGCUCUUUAGGAAGUGUAUUGCGAUCUGUAUCUUUUAUUUUUAAAAAAUCUGAAGCACGGUAUUAAACAACAGCUUGCAAUCACUGCAGGAAUCUUUAGCUUGUCUGAGUUAAUAGCAGCAGCUUAAGUUUGUUAGAGUUGACCUCACCCUCUUACUUACUGCACGUAGCUGUUUCUUAAUAUUAUACUACCUUUGCACAAAUAUUCUUAAUAGUGCUAACUGGCCCCAGUCUAGAGAGCCAAACGGAUCAUAUGGGCUUUGACAAAGAACAGUGAUUUCAUGGUAGGGGGCAUUAAAAGGUGUUCAGAAAGUGAGCCUACAGGAUAAUGAUGCAUCCCACGACUGGUCAGUUCUGAAAAUUCACUUUCAGCAGUUAAAUUUGUGUGGGUAGGUCCGGUGGGAAGAAGAGAGGCUGGCUUUCCCCAAGAUGGUUAUGGGAAAUGAAUCUGUACUUGCCCUCGAUACAGAAGUUGAGUAGCAUUUUAACAUGCAUGGAAACGUUGAAUAGCUAUUUUCAAGAUUAGCUGAAGGAUCUUUAAAUCACAAUUAAGUGUAAUUUCUGAAUGGAAAAGGAUUGGUCAUAUUUCAGUUCAGGGGUGAUCUUUUUAAUCUGUUUAUUUCUAAGGUCCCUUUCGCUUAUGCAUGAUAUGUGCUUACUUACCCUUGCCCUGGUCUAAGAUCAGAGGAACCCAAAUGCAGUCACCAAGAAAUGCAAUAGAAACAAGAAAUCUUUUCAUUGUAUAAUUUCCAGUUUCAGUGAAAGAUGAGCUUUGAGGUGCUUCAGAAGGGAAGUCAAUUUGGAUUUCUGCUCCUCUCUACAUUAGAUAUUUGCUCUGCUAAAGACCAUCCUGAGUAGUCACCACUGUAGUCCCAUUUCCGCCCCAUCUACAUCUUUUCCCACCAAACUUAAUUAACGAUCGGAAUUUGAAGAAAUUGGUGCAGAAUUUCACGAGGCACUGUUGAAUUUGGUUACCUUCAAAUAAUAUUGGCAGAAUUUGUCUGAGGUGCAGGUAAAAAUACUGUUCUAUCUUACCUAGUGGAUAGGCGAGUUUUUGUUUCUCUCACCAUCUCACUGCAGUCAUUUGACUUGUGCCUCAGGAACUCAUAAGUGAAAUAAAGAAUAUUUUGAGCACUGAAAUUGAUAUUAUUUUCUAUAUGAAGCCUGUAUCAAAUAAAAUAUUAAUGAAUUUCAGCUAGGACAGUCUUGAAUUGCUCAUGUAGUUGGAUCAGAAGCAACUAGUUGCCUGGUAGUUAACAAUUAAGUUAAAGGAGGAAUUUUGCUUGGAAUCUGUUAAACAAGUUGGUGGAAUUAUUAACUUUAUGACCAAAUGCUCCAAAGCUGGAGAAGUGGCAGCAUGGAGAGGUGUGGUUGAGAAAGAGGUUACCAUGUGGAAUUGAUAGCUGUCAUGGUACUUGUAUCAACCAUCAGCAUCUGUUUAUACUAGAAGAGAUCAGUAAGGAUUGAUACCUAAUUGAUUUUUCUUUGCUUGUUUUUCUUAUGUUCCUUUUGUGCUGACUGCUGAAGGCUGAAUUGAAAUGGGUUGAGGGAAGGUGAUAAAAUGGUUGUCCAUCGUUCAUUUCUAAUCUCACUACAGCAGGUCUUAAAACAAGAACUAUCGAUAAUUGUUGGCCCAUUUACCUAAAAUGUCAUUGCCAAAACAGAUCUGGGAAUAGUGGAAUCAAACAUAGCAGAACAUUGAAUAGCAAGGCUCGCCUUUCAAGGCUUUUAAAAAUUCCUCCAGUGUAUUAUUACUUCCAAAUCGGAAGCUAUACCUCGAAAGAUAAUUGGAAAUGUGGCCUUGGAAGGGGCUAUGGUGGGAAGGGGCAUCAUCUAUUUGGUGCUGGUGCUUUUUCUCUCCCGUACACCCACCUGGUGGUGCAGGUUUUGUGCUGGAUCACUGUUGCUUAGACAUAAGGGGAUGUCAAUUUGACUCCUGUUGUGUCUUGUUCUGUUUCUUUAACUCUCCAGAACCAUUUUGUUCCAAGAAAGAUUAAACCACAGUUUUGAAGAGCAGCACAGCUGAAGACUGGGUGGGGUGCAAUUGACAAAACUAUUACUCAUUUCCCCUUCUGCUAAUCAGUUGGGGUUUAUUUAUCCUGUUCUCUUUGUUGUAUUAAUUCGCUAUUGGACCAGUGCACAACUAUUUUUACACUGAUAACCUUUGCAAUUGACCUCUUACAGCCUGUGACUCAAUUUUCCCCUGUAUCACUUUGAGUCAAAAUGAAUUGUCAGCCCCAGUCUUGCAUCAGGUACCUUUGACAUAGAGCUGAUUUGCUGAAUGUUCCUGGGAUUCAUAAUGUUUCAGUGUUAACUACAAUAAAGGCUUUUUACAAAGCUUUAUUAUUGUAAUUUUUCUGUCUGAACACACUUGUGACAUUCUGAUUUUUAAGCACUGUACUGGAGAUGAAUUACUUAACACCCACCUUUCUUCUCUGGAUACCUGGAUUUAAUCCAAUCCUAUCAGGUGAAUAGAAAUUGCACUGGUUGAGGUUCCAAUACAAAAUGAGUCUGAUCUAAUUCCCAUUGACAUUGCUCUUAAUUUUGGGUGAAUUUAUGAUUUUUCUCACUAGUAUAUUAAAAAGAACUAACAUCAGUGUAGACGGGGUGCCCCUUAGCUCUUGAAUGAGUUGAUCAUAAAUGCCAAAGUAGUGGUCUAAUUACUUCCUGCUGGAUGAGAUUGACGGUGCAUCAUUCCCGUACAUCUAACUUCAGUUAACAACGUGACUCAAAGCCAUGUAAAAAAAAAACAUGUUACUGCUAUAUAUCAAGUGAAAAGUUAUGUACAAAACUAGGCAGCUUCUUAUUUAAUGGUGAUAUACACCAAAGCUUGGAGCCUGACUUUUGCUAUUGGUCUACAGCUGGUUGGCAUUGAGAAGCAGUAGAGUUAACAUGAGUCAGCUUUGUGUUUGGAGUGGAAACUCUUGCACUUUCUUUCAUAUCCCAGUUUUUGUGCUUUCACUCUCCAGGUCUGAAUCACAUGGGUCCCAGCUCCCAUGUUCCCUUUAAAUUUACUAGGUGCAUUGUGAACUUUAUUGUAAGACAGUGUAAGAUCGUGUAAAACAUAGUGAAUCAAAAAUGUAUUGGAAUAGCAUCCAAGCCUCUGGAAAGUCUGCUUAUUCAGCAUCAUCAAAGUAUGCUGGAUUAUUAAGAGUUUUUCUUUAAUCUUGUAUAGUGGGUGUUUGAGAAAGGGAUGAGAUUUAGUUUGCUUUCUGAUUAGUGUAAUGAGAUAAAGAAGUACUGCUGGCACCUGUAGAAUCGUAUUCUAACUGAACCGGAACCUUUUGGAGAAGAGGCGAAAUUCUCAAAUGUGGAUGAGAAUUUAAAUGCUGGAAGAACUGGGGGUGGGGGGUGGUGGUCAGGCAGCAUUUAUGAAGUAAAAUGGAGAAUCAACAUUUCAGGUCAAGGCCCUUCACUGUGCUAAAUGAUUUAAUCUUAGAGCAUUAUGAUGGCAUAUUGAAGUAUAGAAAUAAUUCUUUUCUUCCACUAUUAGGAUCAAGAGUCUUCAUUGUAUGUAGAGAUUGGGAAGAGUGGCUUAUUCAAGAGAUGGUUUUAUUUUUUCCAAAAUGAUGGAAUAAAUAAAGACCAGCUCCAAAUGAGAGAAUGAUUGGUUGGCAAAAGAAUCAGUUUGGAUAGAAUUGUACAGCACAGAAAUGGGGAUCCUUCAGCCCAUCAGGAUGUGUUCUAGAUGUUACAUUAGGGUUUAAAUUACUCAUAUACAGGAUAUGUGUAUUGCACUACUGGAGGAAUCAAUGUGUCGGGCAGCAUAUGUGGAGCAAGAGAGGUAUGGUUAUCAACUGUGCAUCAGAACUUGCCAAUGAAAAGGAAAACAUGGCUGAGGUCCAUAACUACUCCUUUGCUUAAUAGAAUGUAGGAGGAAUCCAAAUAGAAGUUGGGGUAAGAAAAUGUUCUGUAGUGUGGGUGAGAGUGUUCAUCAAAAGGACUGUUUGGACUGUGUUCCAGAAAGAAACAGGGCUAUCUGAUGGGGAAUAGAGGUGUAUAAAUGCUGGAUGUCCAUGGUGGAGCAGGUGAAUUGGCAGUUGUCAAAAUGGUGCACAUGAAAGACACCUAGAAUGUAACCCUUUCACUGUUACCACCAUUCUGUUAUCUUCACUCUUCCUACCGUGUCACUUGUUUUAAAAAAUGUUACUCUUUUCUCUGUUCCUUUGUCUCUGCUGCAUUUGAUCUCAGAAUGGGGGCUUCCAUUCUAUAACAUAGGUGAUGUUCCUCCCCCCUCCCCAACACUAAAAAAAAACAGAUUUUCGUUUACACCACAUUGAUGCCCUCAACUGUAUCUCCUCCAUUUCCAGCACAUCUGCCCUCACUCCAUCUCUCUGCCAAGGAAACAGGAAAAUGGUUUCCCUUGAUCUCACAUAACAUCCUACAUGUCUCCGUAUCCAGCACAUCAUUCUCCGUAACCUUCAAUGUCUCCAGUGGAAUUUUACCACAUCAACAAACACACCUUUCUUUUCACCUCCCACACUUCCUCAGGGAUCAAUCUCUAUGUGACUCCCUUGACCAUUCAUUCCUCUUCACUGAUCUCCCUCCUGGCAAUUAUCCUUCAAGAUGACAAUACAUCUAUCCCUACACCACCUCUCUCACUGUCAUUCAGGGCCCAAGACAAUCCUUCCAAAUAGGGAGACAUUUCACUUGGAAGCCCAUCAGGGUUAUCUAUUGUAUCUAGUGUUCCCAGAGUGGCCUCCUCUACAUUAAUAAGACUCAAAGCGGAUUGGGAACCACUUUGUCAAGCACCUUCACUCUGCAUGUCACAAAAGUCAGAAUCUCCCAGUGGCCACCCAUUUCAGUUCUAUUUUCCAUUUCCAUAACUGACACGUCUGUCCAUGGCCACCCCUACUGCCAGAAAUGAGGCCAAACCCAGGUUGGCGGAGCUACACCUUGUAUUUUGUCUGGGUGGCUUCCAACCUAAUGGCAUGAACAUUGAUUUCUCUAAUUUCCGGUAAUCACUCCCUUCUGUUUCCUUCCCCAACCCUCUUCCAUUCCCCAUUCGGGUUACCUUCUCAUCCUUUCUUCCCCCUACAUGACCUGCCUGUCACCUCCCCUUUAUUCAGUGAUCCACUGUCCUCUCCAAUUCGAUGCCUUCUUUAUCAGGCCUUUAGCUCUUCCACCUAUCAUUUCACAGCUAUUUACAUCAUCCUUUUCCCCCAACCACCCAUUUUCCCUCUCUCCUAACACCAGCCAGCUUAUACUCCUCCCUAUGCUCCCUUAUUCUGGCUUCUGCCACCUUCCUUUCCGGCGAAAAGUCUUGGCCAGAAACUUUGGAUUGUUUAUUUUCCUCCAUAUAUGCUGCUGGACUUUCUGUUCCUCCAGCAUGUUGUAUACGUUGCUCAAAUUUAUCAGCAUCUGCAGAAUCUGUUGUAUCCAGUGUUUGAGCUCGGAGAACAGUAUGUUGGUGUGGAGGAACACUUCUUGUGGGGGAGAAAACUGACAAAUCAACACUGAAGGGGCAGGGAGAGAGGAGCUGUUUCAGGCAAGAGCAGAGCUGAGUUAGGCUGGCCCAUAAAUUGAAGCAUUGUGCUCAAAGGCAGCAGUUACAUAAGAGGUGAAUUGAUAUUUGUAUUGCUGCCCAGCAUAUUGCAGUAACAUCUGGGAAGAUUUUCCAGAGUUUGAAAAGAAUGCAAGCAAUGACUUAAAAAGUAUGGUUCCUGUUAUCAGCAAAGUCAGAAAUAAAAGGAUAAGGAAGGAAAAAAGAUGUGGCUGAUGUGAGUUUGGGGGGGGGGGUGGAAUGCUUGAGAUGGAUGGAAAGAAUAGACAUCAUCAUGUGGAGAAGCCAUGAACAUCAGAGAGGCUGGUAUUGUAGCUUUUGAGUUGGAAACAUGGGUUAAGUUACAACUUACAGGAAGAAAUAUGAUUAAAUAAGAUUGUGAAAGGAUCUUAGAAAACGGAUUGCACAAUGAGGGUAACAAGUUAGUAAAAAAUCUAAAGGUUGAAUUGAAAGCUAAUGUAAUUUCCUGAAACAUGGAGGGGCAACAGGGAUUCAGUGCACAAAUUCUAGAUGUUAUGUGGGAACAUCAGGAUGCUUUGUGGCUUGGGGACCAUAUGUAUAGUGUCUAAUCAAACUUUUGAGUUUGAACUAGGGGUGUGAUUUUCAACUGGGGAGGGGAGUAGCAGAAACAGACAUGAUUGGCAGAAGCAGCAGUUAAGUUGGAAAAGAAGUUUAAUACAGAAAAGUGAAAUAAUGCUUUAGCCAAAUGAAUGAGAGAUGGUGGAAUACUGGCUCAGCUCUAAACCAUGUGUACAGACAGAGUGACCUGGGUGUACAUGUGCAUAAAAUUUUGAAAGUGGGAGGGCAUAUUGAGGAAGUAGUUAGUAUAGCAUGGGAUCCUGAGAAUCAUAAAUUUCAAUAUUCAUGCAAACACAAGGUUAUAUUGAAUUUCUACUCUAACUCCCUCUACAACUUUGAAGAUGAUACCACAAUGGUCGGCCAUAUCUCAACUGGUUCAUGAAUCGACGGGACCGGAGUCUGAAGUGUAGUACUUGGGGCUCAUCUGGAGUUCAAGGUGAUUGUUAGGUCUUGGGUUAAUGCUGAAGGUUGAAUUGGAAGGCCAGAGGCCUGGGUCUGCAUAUCUCUGCAAGUCUCCUGGGGUAGUUGAAGGCCUAAUGCCUACAUGCAAAUGCAAAUCCAGGCCUGCUGGAGACUGAAAAAUAUGGACUGUCUUGGGGUUAGAGCACUGUAUACAUACAUGGGGGGAAGGGAGGAACGAGAGGUUUUGCUGUUUUGUUCCUUGUAUUUUGUGUAGCUAAACUGAGCAAUGUGGGCAUUUUGUGUUUGUGCCAGAAUGUGUGGCGACACUUGUGGAUACCCCCAGCAAUCCUCGGGUGUAUUGGUUCUUAAUACAAGGGACACAUUUUACUGUAUGUUCUGAUGUGCAUGUGGUAAAUUAUCUUGGAUGUUGAUGAGUUGGAGUACAGGAAGGAAAAAUGAUACUAGUGAUAUGGUGUCAUAACAAGAACCUUUUCCCUCAAUGUCAGUGAAACAAGAGAGUUGGUCAUUGACUUUAGGAAGGAUAGUGGCACACAUGUUCCUGUCGAUAUCAACAGUGCUGAGAUUGAGAGCUUCAAGUUUCUAUAAAUGAGCACCUGGUCCAACUACAUAUGACCAAGAAAGCUCACUAUUGCCUCUAUUUCCACAGGAGGCUAAAGAAAUUUGGCAUGAACCUUUCACUCUCACUAACUUUUAUUGCAUUAUAUUCUGAUGCAUCAAGGCUUGGCAUGGCAACUGCUCUGCCUGUGACUGCAAGAAACUGCAGAGCUGUGAUGCAAUCAGCACAUCACAGAAACCAGCCUUGCCUCUAUGGACUCUGUCUACACUUCUUGCUGCCUCUGUAAAGGAGCCAGCAUAAUCAGAGACCCCACCACCAUAUAAAUUCUCUAUUAUCCCCUCUUCCCAUUAGGCACAAGAUACAAAUGGCUGAAACCAUGUACUAGCAGAUGACAUCUAACACGCUGGUAAGACUUUUGAACAGUUCCCAAGUUGGAUAAGAUGGACUCUUAACCUUACAUUCUAUCUUGUCUACUUGCACCGCACUUUCUCUGUAACUAACACCUUAUUCUGCAUUCUGUUGAUGUGCAUCUUUGUCCAACCUCAAUACACUGAUGUAAUGAAAUGAUCUGAAUGAACAGUAUGCAAGAAAAGUUUUUUCACUGUACCUUGGUACAUGUCACAAUAAUAAACUAACUUAUCAGUUUAAGAGAAAUGAUCAAAGUGAGCAAGAUUAUGACAGAUUUGGAUAGGAUUAAGAGAUGCUAUUUUUAAUGAAAGACAGUUCAACGAUCGGGGCUGCAGAUUUAAAGGGGGAUAGGAGGAAAACUCUGGAACUUGCUGUUUGCAAGGUUGGUGAAAGCAGAGACAAAGCAAAGUGUAAUUGAAUAGGCACAACAGAAAAUUAAAUUACAAUAGAAAUGAAACUAAAUAGAUUGUUCAACAAGCAGCCAAUCUCCCAUGAUGUAGAUCUGUGAUUUUAGGUGUAAAACAUGUCCAGGUUUUAUAAUUAAAAUAGAUUAAUAAAGAUUUUAGGGCGGGAAAUAUUGGCAAGUAUCACCAAGGCAAACUUAAUGGUAUUUUAUAAAUAUAAAAAGAAAAAUAACCAAAUGUCUUUUAAAGGAAAUAAAUAUAAAAUGAACAGUAGAUGCAAAUAUGGUAUAUUGACUUUCAGAUUUGGAGUUGAAGAUAAUUUGAAAAUGCUUCAGCUUUGUCUUUGAAAAUGGUGUCAAAUGCAUGGUCAAAGUUAGUCAAAAUAGGUCAAAAAAUAAAUCUAUAACUGAAACAAGAUAAGUAAAUAUAUUGCACAUACUCCUUGCCUGUUAUUAAGUGUUGUGACACUGCAAGUGUUGGUAUCAUUCCCAUUUUUUUGGAAUACAGUGGCUUUGAUGCUAUUCAUAACCAAUGUGUUUCUGGGAGGAGAGCCAACUGCAAAGUUUUACUAUCACAGACUCUCAAUUCUGUUUGGAUACCUUUUGAGGGUGGUAGUUAGUUGUUCUCAGAUGGUUUCAUUCAUUCCAGGUAAGAUACUUCUGCAAUUCUGUUGAUCAUGUGGAGAAAAGGAAAUGGAGUGAAAUACCCUCUGAUGGGGAUCUUGGAUGAAGAUGAUCUGCUCUUCACACUUGGGGCUGAAGAUAUUCUUGUAUCAUGGACUCAGUGGAUUUCAUCCAUCACUAAACUUCUCUUUCAUGAUGACCAAUAUAUAAUAUCCAAGAAUGGUCACAGAUAACACACUAGUAGCUCAGUUGCCUGUCAAAAGGAUUCUGACUCUUUGAAUCAGAAAAUCUAUGACACAGGAAGAGACAAUUCAUCCCAUGUGAUGAAUUAAAAAAAGACAUUCCAAAUCUAUCAUGGACUAGGGCUGAAGCUAUAAACCUGGAGAUUGUGGCUUUUCUUGUGCUGUCCAAGUAGUUGAUAAAUGUGAGUUUCAGCCUCCAACUCUUUCAAGUACUUAACAGCCUAGAUGAAAGAAACACUCAUUUUAUUUCCUGUAUCAAUUGUUUUAGAUCUCUACCCUCUGGUUUUUGACAUUCUGUGGAGGGAUAUGUGUCCUUCCUAUUUUUCUUGGUCUCUCAAUUAAAUUUUCCUUAGCUUAUCUACUUUUUCCACAUAGCUACAACUUCCUUGCCCUAGAAACAUUCUCAUAAAUUUCCUUUAUACAUUCCAGUGCAAUCACACUUUCCUGUAAUGUAAUUCUACUAGAACCUAUGUGAUCUUGUAUUCUCUGCCUCAACUUCUAAAGGAAAGCAUCUUUUUAUCCCACCUAAUUGCCCUUUCAUCUUCUAAACCCUAGACAAUAGAGGACUAAUCUGCUCAAUAUCUCCUUGUCAUAUAACCCAGUCAACACAGGAACCAGUCUGGUGAAUCUGCUGUAAUCCUUCCUUGCCUAAUUAUGAAAUAAAAUUUGCUGUAAUGUAAUUUGCAUUGGGAAAUUAAAUACAAAAUGUGAAAGAAACAGCAAAUGUUAUGAAUUUAUUUCACUGGAUUUUAUAGUGGUGGGUUUAUAUUGC